UGGCAUCGAUGGGGGAAGAGGACAUUGCCUCAGCUUUCACACGUAUCAGGAUUUAUGACAGCAAUGUGAAAUUCUUAAAUUUGACUGAGGAAACGCCGCAGGAUCCGCAAACGAUGGCCACAACAAUCUGUCAGUUAUUCCUACAACAUCUGAUCGAACAAGUUGUGCAGAAAUGUGAACGAAACUCGCAGGAGGAGGGGGUGGAGCAGUUGGGGCUCCAUCACCGUCUGGAUAAGGAGAAACUGAUGGAAAAACUAAUCGCGCUGAGCCACCAGCUUGACGAGGAGCUCUGGUUCAAUGAUAACCUGCAGCUGGGACUCAAGGAUUAUUUCAGUCGCAGGAAAGCCUUCGACAUGAUCAACCCCAAUCAAUUUGAGGCCAUCAAUCAACAGCGCUACAAAAGCAGCCUUAUCGAAUUGGACAGAUUGCUCGAGUUGGAGGAUGCCACAAUGCAUAAAUCUGAAACUCUGUGCCACGAGUUGCAGCAGAAAGUCGAAAGUUUGACAGUCGAUGCUGCGGAGAAGAAUUUACACUUGAAGAAAAUCAUCGAAAAGACGCUGCUCACAAAUGAGAACUAUGUCCAUCUGCAGGAGAUGAUGAACAACUUCCUCAAUGGCAUGGAUCGCUUCCGGAACGAGCUAUGCGACAUGCAACUCGAGCUGCUCCACAUGCAGCAUCGAUAUGCCGACAUACAAAAUAAAUCGGAGGAAUUAGAAAAUCUUGGGGGUGGACUCUAUAUGCGGGAUUAUCUGACUAAUCAGACGCUUGUCCAAGUGCUGGUGGGUAAGAUUGCAGAGCGGAGUGCUGAGCUGAAUCGCUUGAAGUUGAAAGCCAGAUACGAUGUCCAUGCACUGGCACAUCUCAAGUGCAAGGAGCACAUGAAUCUCAGGACCUACUCUCGCCUCGCGGCCAGGCUGAAGGAAUGCGAGGAAUCUAGACGGCAUUUCCACGAUCUCAUGUACCACGGCAAGUUGAGGCACAUCAGGCUGUGCAGGGAGCUAAACAAAAUCAAAACCUCGGGAACCCUGCUCUGCUAUCCCCACCUGCUGAAGGACUUUGACAGAACUAUCGACUAUGUGAACACCAAACGCAACUCGGUCGAGACACUGCGAGAACAGCAAAAACAAAUAAUUAGUCGCAUUUCCGUGAUCGAAACUAAAGCAAUAGCCUCAACGAGUCGAAAUCGAUCGAAGACAUCAUUAAAGACCCUUAAGAGGGAACCACCGAAUUGAAAUUUUAAUAAACGAAAUAAUUUAUUGACUUCUUUUUGAAAGUGGAAAAACUUAAGAAAUAUAUUUAAUUAAUCAGCA